AAAAGACAUCCAUCAUGCUUGAAAUCCACAGUGUUUUACCGCACAAUAUAGGCAAAUUUUAUAAACAGUUCAAGCAAGCUUUUCACAGCAUGAAAUUUGGCUUAAAAUCGUCAACUAUAUAAAAGCUGUUGUGUGUUUUCAUGUUUCAUCUUCAAAAAUGGGACUGAGCUGCGGAUACAGAUGCUUGCAGUUACUGCUUAUCAUAUUCAAUAUUGGAGUUUUUAUAUGUGGCAUUGGGCUCAUUGCAGCAGGUGCAUAUGCACUCAGCUCCGUUGUUAAUCACUGGAAAGACGUAGAGCCUUCUCUUCAAUAUCUCAUAAUCUUUACCAUCGCACUGGGAUGUAUUAUUUUCCUUCUCGGAGCACUAGGAAUGUUUGGCGCAUGUACGAAAAGUGUUUGUCUCUUAACAACGUAUUGUAUCCUUCUUGUGCUUUUAAUUAUUGGCCAGGUAGCAGCUGGAAUAAUUGCAGUUAAGCAAAAGCCAAAGAUUAAAGAAAAAGUUUCUGAAGCCUUGAGUUCACUUGUAAGACGCUUCUAUACUGAUGAACAUGUAAAAAAAGUCUUGGACGAAAUUCAGCAUAAGUUACAAUGUUGCGGUGCCAAAUCUUGGUCUGACUAUGGAACAGCGAUACCACCAUCAUGUUAUGAAGGUACAACUCUUCAUGCGGAGGGAUGUAUUAAAAGGGUCAGUGAAUUGGCUAAAAAGAAUAUGAAUGCCAUCAUAGUGUGCGUAUUCGUUUUUGCAUUCCUACAAGCAAUCUGCCUAGUAUUCGCCAUCUGUGUUCUUAUGGCAAUAAAACAAGGGAAUGAUGAUUGAUUUCAAACAUCGAAGGUAAAUAUACAGUCUGUAUACAGGGAGUCAAGAGACAGAACCUGAAAUGAAGCGAAACAUUAACGUAUAUAAUUUAAAUUAUAAUGUACUUUUCUAAUUCAUCUACAUUGUCUACAUUCUCCUUGGAUUUACACUCUGAAAAUCCUACAUACUAGGAAAUCUUUUCCAAUAAUCCGUGUAACAUUACUAAUUCUGUCUAUAUCUUUAAUUACACAGUAUCGAAACUUUUUUUAUCUAUGUGACUGUCUGUUUCUAUCUUGAAUGUAUACCGAGGUCUGUUGAAGUUUCAAAUAAAAUAAAACUGAAAGCAUC